AUGAAAUCAUCACUAAAAAGCGACAUCCUUCACUUUCACAACAACCAUCAACAACAACAGAAGGCUGCCAUUACCUACCACAACCGAAAGGCAAUGUACGAGAGGUACGACUGGAAUGAGCAAUCCCAGUCCAAGAAACCAGGCUUCAAGUUGUACGACCACCAGCGAUCCCAGGCAGCCGACAUUUCUCCCAAUGACGGUAAUUCCAGCAACCACCUCAACAGCAACCCUUCAUCUUCAGUUUCUCCUUCUCCUAUCCAACCAUCACCAAUGGUGAACUCUGCAAUGAACCCACAGCAAACCCCUGGUAUUGGGCCUCCGUUGGUCAAUUGUUCAGAGAAACCCUUACCAAAAAAGCGGGCCACUCGUAAACGUCAUAGAAACUCUCAUCUUGGCUGUGCUACCUGCAAACAAAGACGUAUCAAAUGUGACGAAAACCUUCCAUCUUGUAACAACUGUAUUCGUGCUAAGCUCAAGUGCGCUUACUUAUCCCUAGACGAAGUUUCUCGCCAGGCACUUCGUAAAGCUCAAAUGGCUCAGAGAGUGAAUCAACAAACCACGGUUCCUGAUGUCAACAACAACAACAACAACAACAACAAUAAUAAUGGAGAACCAAUGAACUUUGUUUCCUCAACAAAAUCCUCAAUGGUGGUUGAGCAGUCAUCGGAUGUGAAAAUUGAAUCAUUACAAAAUAUAUUACCAAAGGAACAAAAAGAGACAGAAACCGGAAAUUAUCUUGAUAAUGCUGACUACUCCAGUGGCCCUCUUAGAGCACUGAACCAAAAACGGCUUGCAUCUGAUCGUAAUUUGGGUAUUUUGACCGAUUAUUCACAGGAUCAAAACGUAAUAAAUAAUAUAUUCAAUGCCGUCACCAAUACUACCUUGAGAUCAGGAAAAUCAAGAAAAAUCACAAGUCAGAAAAUCAACGCUAUUCAGCAACAAUCAAGAGCUUCUCAAGAACCUUCCCAUCCCUUCAAUAUUCCGCCUUUGAAUGUCAGUAUCCUCCCUUUCAAAUCGCACUAUCGGCCUACUCAAAUGGCGACGGAAGAUAGCAGAUUCGUUCGUCCUUUCAAUAACUUAGAGAGUAUUCGUUAUUAUUAUGUCCCAAAGGAUAAUCAUAUUCCGCUUUUAAACUUGCCUAAUAAUAAUUCUCCAAAUCGACCAAGUUUCACUUUGCCGAGUAUUUCUAGCCAUUUUCCAGCGGGCGGUCCCUCACAGUUUGCUGGGCAUACGACUCAAUAUCAAAAUGGCCAUAUUCAAGACCAUCAACUGCUUCAAAAACCACUGAUACCUCAAUAUUAUCAAAACCCUUUGCGAUUUCAAUCUGCGCCGCAAACUCCUAUCGAAAGUGGGACCCCGGGCCAACACUCUCAUCUACAAGUCCCAUCCGGAGGAGGCUUCCCUUUAACGGAUACCCAACUUCAGAGCCAUCCACAAUUUGAAGAAUCACUGCGUAACCAGUCAAUUCCGGAUACUGAGAGCCUUUCCCAACCAGAGUGUUGUGAAGUUACUUUCCCGCUUUAUCCAAUGCCUUCAAUAUUUACUGACAGUUCAAGCUCUUUAGAAUCUGAAACAGACCGUCUCCAAUUGGCGUUCAGAGACUAUAGAAUUUUCCAAACUUAUAUAUUGUAUUCUUCUGCAUUUGUCAAAGAAAGCCGCGGAUUGAAAAAUUCUACUGGUGUUUUGAAGAUUAGAGAAAAAGCCAUAGUAUUUAUGUUUGAAAGAUUUUCGAUGUUAUCAGAGAGCGCUAAAGCACAUAUUGCAGUGGAGUCUGCAGAACUUUGCAAUGAUUAUCUUGUUAGGUUUGGUUUGUUUAUGAUUUCCUCUUUACCAGUUCAUCACGCCUUACGUAUCAUGAACUUGAAUCUUCGUUGUGGUAUUCAAGUAUGUGAUUUAUACGAUAAUGUUCUUGAAUUCUAUGUCACCAAGUUACUUCCCUUUACGGUGCUUCCAGAAUAUUCUCCCACAGAAUUGGUUAAAAAUUGCGGUAAUUUGGUCCAGCUGAAUAUAUAUGUUUGGUUUGAGCUUAUAAAAUAUUUUUUGAGGCCAUGCUACCACCCUCGGUUCUUGAAAGAAAUAUAUGAAGUGUUUGGUGAACUAAAACGACUUUUGAAGGACGAUUCUGCGAUUGUCGGUGAAAAUUUGCGACAAAAAUAUCAUCGCUUGGAACAAUUUCUUGAAACAGUGAUCAAGUAUUUGGAUGAUGUUGGAGACUCUUUUAAUCCAACUUCUAUGCAACUAGUUUUUUCAUUGUUGAGUAAUUGGAUGCGGAUAUAUCCUUAUUUGCACCAUUCAGAAAAUGAUAAAAAUCCACUAGAAAUUGCAAUUAUUUUGUUCUACCAACUUGUUUCAAAGUCUUUGGUUGCAAUUUUCCCGGAAACUUACUCAUAUUUCUUGAUCGGUUUUGAAGGUCUCUAUCCUGUACCGUUGCGUGGUACUAGAAUUUAUGAUUUGAGAAUAUUUGAUAAGAUGAAUCCGGAUAAUAACAUCAAGACUGGUAUAUUUCUUGGGAAAGUUCGAGAAGUUUGUACAUACUGUGAGGUGGUUAUGGAAUUCUUUGAUCGUCGUGAACAAAUGCUCACCAAAUUUCUCAGCAAAAAUAGCUUCUUAUAUCAAUUUGUUGACGAACCACAAGUGAUGAAGAAGUUUGCGCACUUAAUUAACUCUCCAUAUUUUGCAGCAAACCCAAUUUCUCCAGUAAACCCUGGAACCAAAAAAUCAGAAUUCAAAAUUGAAGAGGUUUAUGUUGAAAAAUUCAGACCAUUGGUGAAUGUUAAAAGCACCCCGGAAGCCCCUAAAAAUGGUGUUUUUGGGUCUCUUUCUUCUAAUUCAAGUGCUACCCAGGAAGUUAUGAAAUAUCUUCCGAACUGUGGAUAUGUUCCUGCUACCAUUGAAGAUAAUAAUUUCAAUAUUUAUCUGUUGGUGCCACAUUUCAGCAAAUUCAAAGCUACAAGGGACAAAUUGGUCAAAUGCGCUGUCGAGGAGCCUUAUAAUUAUUACACCAAUAUGUUAGACAAAAAUUUAACAAACAUUAAGAUGCCAUAA